AUGGCCUUCCUCGCUGCCGCAGACGCAGACUUUUGCUUCAACCUGUUCAGAGAGAUGGACAGCAAUCAAGGAAGUGAAAAUGUGUUCUUUUCCUCUCUGAGCCUCUUCACUGCCCUGGCCCUGGUUCGUUUGGGUGCAAGGGGUGACUGUGCUUCUCAGAUUGAUAAGGUGCUUCACUUUAAUACCUUCUCAAGACAUGGGAACUCUGCUGAUACUCAGCCAGGACUCCAAUCUCAACUGAAAAGAGUUCUGUCUGAUAUAAACACAUCCCACAAGGAUUAUGAACUCAGCAUUGCCAAUGGACUUUUUGCAGAAAAAGUAUUUGAUAUUCGAAAGGACUAUAUUGAGUGUGCUAAGAAAUUAUAUAAUGCCAAAGUGGAAAGAGUUGACUUUACAAAUGAUGUGGAAGACACCAGAUAUAAAAUUAACAAAUGGAUUGAAAACGAGACCCAUGGCAAAAUCAGGGAUGUCUUUCAUGAAGGUACCAUAAGCUCAUCUGCUGUGAUGGUGCUGGUGAAUGCUGUGUACUUCAAAGGCAAGUGGGAGUCAGCCUUCACCAAGAGCCAGACCCAAAAUUGCCAUUUCAGAUCCCCCAAGACUCAGCACAAAUCAGUAGAGAUGAUGUUCCUGCAUGAGAAGCUAAACAUUGGAUACAUAGCAGACCUGAAGGUCCAAAUUCUAGAACUCCCAUAUGCUGGAGAGGUCAGUAUGUUCCUGCUGCUUCCAGAUGGAAUUGCUGAAUCCUCUACAGGCUUGGAGUUGCUGGAGAGAGAAAUCACCCAUGACAAACUCAGCAAGUGGCUCAGCGAGGACACCAUGGGUGAGGAUGACGUGGAGGUGUACAUCCCCAAGUUCAGACUGGAAGAGCAUUAUGGACUCAAGACCAUUCUCACGAGCAUGGGCAUGGGCGAUGCCUUCAGCCAAGGCCAAGCCAAUUUCGCAGGCAUGUCAGAAAAGAAUGACCUGUUUCUGUCUGAAGUGUUCCAUCAAGCUUCUGUGGACGUGAACGAGGAGGGCACUGAGGCUGCUGCUGGCACUGGGGCCAUUGUAACAGGGAGAACAGGCCAUGGAGGCCCACAGUUCGUGGCAGACCAUCCUUUCCUCUUCCUUAUCAUGCACAAGAUAACCAAGAGCAUUCUCUUUUGGGGCAGAUUUGCAUCACCCUAA